GUUGUGCCUCGGUCUGUACCACGAACGGCCAAAUGCCAAGUUUCCCAUCAAAUAUCAUCUCCCCAUCUUCAUUGUAGCAAGGUUUGGCUACAGCUGUUAGAAACAUUACCUUCCCAAUGCUAUGAGUAUUGUGCACAGUUCGAUUUGGUUCUUCUUCUCCAGGCAGUACGUAGUAGCUACUCUUCACUCGGGUCAUGUCAUACCAUUUCUCGUCGAUGUGGACCAUAUUUGUCAUUGGCUUGAAACUGGGCCAAGGACUUGAUAUCCAUCUUUCAUCCAUCAUGGAUAGGCAGAACUUUAGUCUCGCUAUCUUGUUCUGUGGCUUGAGGGUGGGUUUGAUGGUGCUUGUGAUGCUUUUCAGCUCUUGCAAUUGAAAUCUGUCAUGUAGGGUUGAUCGGGGCACACCUAAACACCUUGCUAGAGACCGGAUUGUUCUUCUUUUGUUCAAGGGGAUUGUGGCUGUUCUCGACAGAUCUAGUUCUUUUCUCUUCCUACCACUUUUGUUCUUCUUGCUUGAAACAUCAACUUCUUGGCCUGCCGCAAGUUGUCGUUUGGCUAGAUUCCAUAUUCUUGUAACUGUUCGCGGGUGAACAUUCAGCAUCGUCGCAAUGAGCACCUUGUCAUACACGUGAACCUGUCCAUCUCUAAGCUCGAUUACUCGCAGAGCAAAGUAAACACCAUGUCUCUCCUUGUCUGUCAAGUCCUUGCCUCUUGGAUUGCCAUGUGCAUCAGCUUCUUCCAAUUCUGCAUCUUCUUGUGCCUCUUGAGCUUCUUCCAAUUCUGCAUCUCCUUGUGCCUCUUGAGCUUCUUCCAAUUCUGCAUCUCCUUGUGCCUCUUGAGCUUCUUCCGGCAUCAAGUUCAAAUCAAUAGCAUCACCCUGUUGAGCUUGUUCUUCUUGUUGAGCUUCGUCCUCAUCUUCCUGCAUCAAGUUCAAAUCAAUAGCAUCACCCUGCUGAGCUUGUUCUUCUUCUUGAGCUUCGUCCUCCUCUUCCGGCAUCAAAUUCAAAUCCAUAGUUGUGUGCUCCUAUCCGAUCUCAUAACAAGAGUAUACAAAAGAUGAAUGGUGAGCAUAUAAUCAUAACAAGAAAACCAUGAAGAAUCCUAGACAAAAAGCAAAGAAACCAAGAAAGAGAAAAGUAGAUAUUAAAAGUACUCCUUGUUCAUAAGCAACUACAGGUCCUACUACAUCUCUCUUUUUUGCAGGGACCAGGGCAGGAAUUAAAAAGCAAACAAAAGCAGGGGCCAUGAGUACAUCUCAACUUUUACUGUAUUUCUUGUUGACAACUAGUGCAGAGCAAGCAAGCAAGGCACUGGAGAUGAACAAAUUACAGAACCCUGUACUUGUUCUCACCAGCAGCAGCACGAGUAGGGGACCUCAAGCGGCAGCACACGAGAAGGGGAUCUCCGGGCGGCAGCACGAGCAGGGGAGGAGCAGCAAGUUGCCGAGAAGCAGCAGAAGGGGCUCCAGCUUGAGGUCCAGGAUCGCAAAAGAGCUUGAGGAUGAGCUUGAGGGAGCUCGUGGUCCAGGCGCUCGAGACCCAGGCGCGCGCGGGUCUUGGCCGGCGGCGGCGCAGGCCCUGCGAGAAAGGAGGGGAUAUCGUCGACGCAGGUCCUGGGCGGCGGAGGAGCACGUCUUGUGCGGUGACGGAGCAAGCAGGGCGGCGCAGGUCCUUGGCGGCGGAGGAGCAAGCAGGGCGGCGCGGGUCCUGGGCCGCGGAGGAGCACGUCAUGUGCGACAACGGAGCAAGCAGGGCGGCGCGGGUCCUGGGUCGCGGAGGAGCACGUCCAGUGCGGCGGCGGAGCAAGCAAUUGGGCGGCGCAUGUCUUGGGCUGACGACUGGCCCUGGCGACGCGCCCCGGCGACGGGCGGAGGAAGAAGGAAGAAGACGCGACCUAUAUGGUGACCUGUUUGUAACAAAUUUGAAGUUAUAAGGGUGUUUUUGAAAAAUUGACAUUACACUACGCUGUGGACA